AUGCGCUGGCUCAGAGGCAGCACGGCGGCAGGAACACCGGGCGCAGAGGAAGGAGUUGGUAAAGAAAAUGUCAUGCCAAUGGCAUCAGACAACGUCAAUGCCGAGGGCGCGGAAGAUGAGGUUGAGACCUCGAAGAAGCCGUUGCGCAACACUCCGCGCCGUGCUGCAGCAAAAUCUAAGAAGGGCGCUCCUGCCAAAGCAUCGCCCGCGAAGGCCGCGACUCCCCUACGCCGAUCCACGCGCGCGCAAUCGAGAAAGAGCGGGGGCUUCUUCGACGCGGCGCAGGAAGCCACUCCAGACCCGAUGUCAAUCGCCUCGAUCAUAGAUGCACCUCCGACAUCGACAUCGACACCACCACCACCAUCACCACAACAGUGGUUCAGUGUUGCCCAAGAAGAAAGUCUAUUACGACAGAUGGAAAACCUACACAAGAGUGUCGUUGAGUUGAGAAAGAUGGGAGAGCCACAGCACGUCAUCGCUCACACUCAGGAAGACGAGAGUCACGUAUCGGCGGGUGAGAUGGAGGUGCCACAGCAGGUCAUCUCUCACGCUCAUUCGGACGAGACGGCAGCGGGAGGUGAGAAUCGAGAGCCGGCGGUUGAGAUGACUGAGUCUCUGCGAGGUGCUGUCGCUUCAGAAGAGGCUGUCGCUCCAGGACUGACUGUCCCUGUACAGGAGACUGCUGCUGUACAGGAGACUGCUGCUGUACAGGAGACUGCUGCUGUACAGGAGACUGCUGCUGUACAAGAGACUGCUGCUGUACAGGAGACUGUUGCUGUACAAGAGACUGCUGCUGUACAAGAGACUGCCACUUCACAAGCGACAGAAAACAGUCACCGGUUUUACUCAACCACACCGGCUUUCGAUCAUGCCAACCAGAACUCGACGCUUCCUGUAGAUAACACAACAACCUCCGCGGCCGGCGUAUGCUACGUUCCAGCAUCGAUGCGCCCCGAUGGCUCCAUCCGUAAAGAGAUGAAGAUUCGCCCCGGCCACUCCUCAUCGGUGCCUACAAAUACGGAACCUCACAUCACAUUCAUCCCAGCCCAAUCGGCAUCCGAGGGACUCCCAUCACAAACCGAGACUGCUCAGACGUCAAUUCCAGCCCCGUCGACCUCGAAUCAAUCGAAUGAAUCCUUUACGAACCAUAGGGCCGUCCGCCCUGGCGGACUCUCUACAAGCAAGUAUGCGGUUGUCCCAGCUGCACCAAUUGAACCCACAGAUCCGCCCAUGCCGUUCUCUGCAUACGCCAACUCAGGCAAACGUCGGCAUGUCGAGGAAGAGAACGAAGGACCAUCGGGCUUUCAGCAUGAGCGUUCAGCAAAACGCGUGCGUACUACGCAUAGUCGCGACCCUUAUGACAGAUACGAAUGGGCGCUUAUCAAUGACAACAUGAGGGAUAGUCAGGAUCAAAGCAUGAACUCUGAACCUGAAGAGACGCCAGAACGGUCAGUUGUAGGUCAAGACAUCAUCGAUAGAGAGCCAGUCAUCAAGACUGAACCCACCGAUGAUGCACCAAGUAACCUCGCUGUGAUCCCGCCGGCGCACCAGACCCUGCUCACGCCAGCUCAGUCCAAUUCACCAAGUAUAAGCCGGGCAACUGCAGGACCAACAGCAACGCAACUUACUGACUCGCAAACUCCUGUCUCAACUCCCGAGUAUAUCGACCUUUUUCGUCUAUGCAUACCACACUCUAGCGUCCGCCAACCGACACUGGCCGAGGCUAAUCUUCUGAGAGAGAUGGAAAGAAAAGCGGCGAAAAUUUUGAGUGGCAGGCAGGCGAAAGUCGACAUCAGAAGCCAGCUUCCAGCCUGGAUGCGCGAGGGCAUGUGUAAGACCCAGAGAGAACGGGUGGCUGCCAUUCAGAGGCGCAUCAUGGCAGCGAAAUCAGGUCCUCGUCGCAAUGCCGACGUGAGAAGUUUCAACAACAGGGCGGUCGUAUCUACGCCGGCGCCCAUGAGAACCGCGCCAGCACCUGUCACGCAACAUUACCAGCAGGCGCCUCCCAUGACCGCACCAGCAGCACCACCGCAAGUUCAACCCUCAGCACCUCAACAAGCCCGUCAACCCUACGGUCUCGACCCUCUCCAGUACGAAAAGUUUUUCGGUCCAGCUUUAGUAUACAGUGCCCUGGAACAAGUCAACAACAUGCUGGGAGCUCUUGGGGUCAGCGUACGCUGUUUCCUCAGUGGCAUGGACACGAUAACUCUAAAGAAAAACCAUGAAAUAGUACUACCUCCGGCUCCGCCAGGCUGCAUGCCUCUUUCACUCGAAAACAUGCCCUACGCUAAAUUGGCCGGUCCGGCUCUGGUGAAUCACGCGUUACACCAGGUCAACGAGAUGAUGAGCUCAUUGUGGCCUGGUCAGUUUGUGUUGCAUGGGAAGGACAUGCUGCUGUUGCAGUCGUAG